CAUCGUGUAUACACGUCUGGUAAGCAGUGGGACCAGGACAGCUGAGGGGGGUUUGAAUUUCCAACUGGGACAGCCACCGCUAAUUUACACACACAAUUACCGGUUUUCAGGGUUGACGGAUGAGUAGAUUGUAGAAGGACAGGGAGGGUUGGGGUUAACUGUCAGACACAGCGAUGCAGCAGGUGUUGAACAACCUGGGGGAGCUGCCUACCUCCACGGGGGCCAAAGACAUCGACCUCAUCUUCCUCAGAGGCAUCAUGGAGAGUCCCAUUGUACGGUCACUCAUCAAGGCCCACGAGCGAUUGGAGGACGUGAGGCUGGAGGCGGUGCAGGACAACAACGUGGAGCUGGUCACAGACAUCCUGGGCGACAUCACCGCCCUCAGCGUCCGCGACGACAGAGCAGCGGAACUCUCCCGAAUCCUCCAGGAGCCCCACUUCCAGUCCCUCCUGGAGGCCCACGACAUGGUAGCCUCUAAGUGCUAUGAGGCUGUGCCCCCAGCAGAGCUGUCCAAUGAGGCGCUGGUGAACAGUGCUCUAAUGCAGGCCGACGCUGUACGCAUGAUCGGCAUCCGGAAGAAGGCUGGAGAACCACUGGGAGUGACGUUCAGAGUGGAGAAGGAGGAGCUGGUCAUCGCUCGGAUCCUCCACGGAGGAAUGAUUGACAGGCAGGGUCUGCUACACGUGGGUGACAUCAUAAAGGAAGUGAAUGGGCGGGACGUAGGGAACAACCCCACUGAGUUGCAGGAGAUGCUGAAGGACUGCAGCGGAGGAAUCACUCUGAAGAUACUGCCGAGUUAUAGAGAUGCACCUGCCCCACCACAGGUGUACGUGCAACCACACUUUGACUACGAUCCAGCCAAUGACCAUCUGAUCCCAUGUCGAGAGGCGGGAAUUGGCUUCAAGAGGGGGGACCUCCUUCAGAUUGUCAACAGAGAGGACCCCAACUGGUGGCAGGCAUGUCAUGUGGUUGGUGGAGCCACUGGACUGAUCCCCAGUCAGUUUCUGGAGGAGAAGAGGAAAGCCUUCGUCCCACGAGACAUUGACGGCUCAGGGAUCCUGUGUGGUACAAUAACUGGAAAGAAAAAGAAGAAAAUGAUGUACCUAACAGCCAGGAACGCAGAGUUUGAUAGGCACGAGCUGCAGAUCUAUGAGGAGGUGGCCAAGAUGCCCCCGUUCCAGAGGAAGACCUUGGUUCUGAUUGGAGCGCAGGGGGUGGGCCGCCGUAGCCUCAAGAACCGACUGGUGGUCCUCAACCCAACACACUUUGGAACCACCAUCCCCUUCACCUCCCGGCGUCCCCGUGACGAUGAGCUGGACGGUAACUCAUACCAGUUCGUAACACGGACGGAGAUGGAGGCGGACGUGAAAGCGGGCCGUUACCUGGAGCACGGCGAGUACGACGGGAACCUCUACGGAACCAAGAUGGACUCCAUCCACGAGGUGGUGGACACGAGACGGACCUGCAUCCUGGACGUCAACCCACAGGCUCUGAAGGUACUAAAGACAGCAGAGUUCAUGCCGUAUGUGGUGUUCAUCGCAGCACCAGAGUUUGAGACGCUCAAGGCCAUGCACAAAGCUACGGUGGACGCUGGAAUCACCACCAAACAACUCACGGAUGUGGAUCUGAGGAAGACUGUUGAUGAGAGUGCUCGUAUCCAGAGGGCAUACAACCACUACUUCGACCUCAUCAUCACCAACGACAACCUGGACCGCGCCUUCGAGACGCUACAGGCUGCCGUCGACAAACUCUGCUCCGAACCACAGUGGGUCCCCGUUAACUGGGUCUACUGAACCCCAACCGGACACUGUCUGACUGGGUCAAGUUGACCGUGUGUGUUCAACCACCGAGGCAGGGGAAAGGACAUGAGAAAGGGGGUUGGUAAUCUGUGGUACUUUGAUGGGGGGGAAACCAACUAAACCAAGCGCCUCCUCCUCUCUCCUUACUUCCUGCACACAAUGCAACUGUUUUCUUCAGGAAACUCGAAGUGAAAGACUUCUUAUAUAUUUUGGUAUUUUGUAACUUUUUAUGAACAAUCUUUCUAUUCAUACCAACCUGGAAUUCAAAAACAUGAAAAAAUAAACAUCAAGGCCAAACAUUUGAGCCAUAUUUUUUAAUUGAUUUGUUAUUACGUUUUUUUUUGUAGUUGUAUCCCUGAGAACGAAUGAUGUUUUCUCUUAUCUGGGGACUGCUCUAGAAAGACUAUUUAUUAUUGCUAUAUCAACACAGGUCAAGAAUGAAGAUGAGACACUAUGCAAUAUUCCAGAACUCUGAGCAGUGUUGCCAAGGAAACCUUUUUACGGCGCAUGUCAUUGCUAUGACAACUAGUGUGUCUCAGACCGAAUCCUGUGAUUGUCGUAGACCCCCCCCCCCCCAAAUACCCUACAGUGUACUGUUAGGCUACCCCCUGACGUUUGUAUUUACCUCUUCAGAAUUUUGACCUCAGCAAAAAUGAACUUGUCUGAGUAUCUCUCUCACACACAUCCUACAAAGAGAAUGAAAGGGAAAGAGCUUUAUACUUUACAUUGUACUAUUGAAUAUCAGCAUUUAAGUGUUUCUUCGUUUUUCUUUUACUACCGUAGGAUUCACUGUCUUUUGUGGCUAUGAUCAUUUUUAGCUUAGUGACUCGUCUCCCGUGAUCCUUUGCUUUGCGUUUUCUAUAUUGAACAGACUACAUCCUGCUUUUACCAUUCACCAUCUACCCUGAUCUGUAUGUAAGGUGCUUUACAUUUUUUUAAUUAGUUGAUGUGGCACGAAACAAUACUAUCCCACUGUCCUCCUCCGGUGUCAAAGCACCAAAGCCCUCCUCCGGUGUCAAAGCACCAAAGCCCUCCUCCGGUGUCAAAGCACCAAAGACCUCCUCCAGUGUCUCCCACAGUCCACCUCCGGUGUCAAAGCACCAAAGCCCUCCUCCAGUGUCUCCCACAGUUCUCCUCCGGUGUCAAAUCACCAAAGCCCUCCUCCGGUGUCAAAGCACCAAAGGCCUCCUCCGGUGUCUCCCACAGUCCACCUCCGG